UUCAUUGUCGGAAGUUUUGAAAGGUUUUUGGCUAUUCUCAAAGGAAAUCCCUCUUAAAAUGUGCUACUUUUUUCAUUAAGUGGUUAUUUAUCCCUAGUUCAGUUACAAAAGUAAAUUUCAAAUAUUGUUUUUUUCACACCCACGUUUCAAACUGUUGCAUGUUUUGGAUAGAGCAAUAAAAGCAUUAAAGGGAUAAAGAUUAACUUCGAACAAGGCUGCAGCAUGGCGAAUCUCCCAUUGGACAGAUGAAUUGAUUCCCAAAGAUUGAAAACUUCAGGAGUAACCUUAGCAUCACUGCUAGUCGAAGAACACCAUUAUAGUUGCCAGCAUAUCCUAAAGGUCGUGCUACAAAUGAAAGAAUAUUAUUUUACUAUUGCUACUUUCUUUUUAAAAAGUACAAUCAAAAGGGCACCAAGGAAACAUAUUACGUGUUAACAAAUGGAGCCUCAAGUUGGGAUACAAGAAUAUACCCAAAAAGGAAAUGGAUUUUCAACUGCUUUGAAGAGAUUGUACUCAGAUUGCCAGGUGAAUGUUAGUACCACUAGUCAACCAAAGAAGCAGAACUCUUCGACGUUCAAAUCGACGCCUUCACCGUCUCCAAUAGCGAUCAAGAGAAAAUCUCUUCGUUUUCCUGCAGUUGUUUGCGACAUGAAAUACGAGGACGACACGAAUCCAAUGUCACCUGUAGAAAAAAGGCAACUUAGUAUUGACAUCCAACUGCUUCCAAGUGACAAACUUGCGCGGGUUGUCCACAUUUUUCGGUCACUGGAGCCAGUAGACGGACCGGUUCCAGAAGAAGUGGUAAUGGAUUUAGAUAAAGUAAAACCCUCAACGCUCAAAGCACUUCAGUUAUAUAUGGAUUCCAUCCCAACCACAAGAUUCUGUAAAACAUACGAAGCAAAGCGAUUGGGCAAGGGAAAAAACAAACAAAAGUUGGCAGAUACUUUUUUGAGUGUACCAACAGCAGAUUCAACUAAUGCGGUCCAUAGCAUAGUUAGCAAACAAGUCCCAGACGUUGGAAUCGGCAUUGCAUCCACUGCUUCAACACUGUCAAAUGCAAAAGCAGAUGGUAAUUUCGAUCUUGUUGUCGAAUUCAACAUACCGCCUUCGUCGUGCAUCAUAGUGGCCAACCGAGAGAUCGUGAAAAUGGACGUGAAUACCAUGGUUGAUGGUGGGACUAAAAUCUGCGAACAUCCAACACAACGGAAAAGUUCGUCGGAGGAACCCCCAAAGAAAGGUUUCGAGUUGGAAGAAAUCGUUAGUGAAAUCACGUCGGGCGAUGAGUCACCACUGAAAUUCCAAAAUAAGCGAUUGAAGCUGAGCGCGUCCAGAUAGCGCCCGCUAAGAGUCAGCAAGUCAGCUGAGUAAUUUGAAAUCAAAUUAAUCAAGAAAAGUUAGCAAAAACGUGAUCGGUCGUCCUUUAAAAGUAAGUUAUGUCCUCUUCGUUUGUUCCAUUUUUUUUUCUGGUGCAAAUCUUUCUUUUUCCUACUCCUUCCCCCUAUUUUUAACGCCGCAAUUUUUUAAAAUCCGGAACGUGUUGUAAUUUUCGUUGGUUAACCUUUAAAGCUAAUCAAAAGUUUUAAGCUUGUUCAGAGAGUUUCUGUUUAAUAGGAACUUCAUUUAUAUUGCGCCCAAACGAGUCAAUACUUAAAAGUACGUUAUUAUAUAAUCUAGUUGAUCCCUACUUGUUGACACAAUUCUC